GGGCUCAAACGUCAAAAAACCUCAAGCCCCCCGCUUCUAGUUCUAGCGGCCAGCGGGCAAGCUCUCCCUCUCGCUCUCCCUCUGCGGUGCGGCACCGCCGAUCCCCUCGCCGUCGAUUCAUAUCACCCCUUUCGAUUCAAGCGACGCCGCGGCCGCCGGCCAUCGCAUAGGUGACGCCACCGUCCCUGUCCCGCCGUCGCUACGAAUUUGCUACACCUACACGUUUUCAUUUGCUGGUUUCGCCGAUGAUCUGAUCACGGCGCGCUACUUCGCCUACUUGCCUGCUUCAGCUUCAAUCCAUCGGGGGGUUCCUUUCAGUUAAUAAGAUCGAUUUGAAAAGCGCACCCGGCAACCUGCUCCGCUCCUGCGCUGUUUAGGUUCCGGCCUGUGUCAAAGCGUGCAUCUCACGCGAGGCGCACCAAGGCCGGAGCCCUGGCCACCUAGGGUCACCUCCCUGCGAUCGGGCCGCGGCGACGGGGACGGCCGCGAUGGGCUUCGAGCGUGUGGAGCUGCGUUGCCCCAGGGACCUGGACCCGCGCCCGAGCUGGACGCUCGGCGACGUGCUCGCCGAGCUCGACGCGCUAGACGCCACCCGCCGCGCUGCGCCGCCCACGCCCCUGAAGCAGCCGCCCCAUUGGGUUAACGGCGUCGGUACGAGGGAGAAGGCAUUUGUGAUGCGGGUUGAUGGCUACGACGAAGACGACUUAGAAGAUGAAGACGAUGGUACAAGUGCUGGGAAGUCCCGGGCUCUCAUGGCUAAAGGAGCAAGGUUCUCGUGUAACGAUCUCCAAUCAAGUGAUUCAGAGGAUGAAUUAGAUGGCCAAGUUACCCCAUACAACUUAAUGGAGAAAAGGGACCUAGCGAAGAGCAUUCUUCUUGAGCUUGAAAGCGAGCAUCAUCUAAAAGUUCAAGAAGAAGUUAGAAGUAAGCUAGCUUUGUUGGAGGUAUGCCACCAAAAUGAAAUCCAUAGAACCAUUUCUGCAUUUGCCCGACUUCAGAAAUAUGCAGAAUCAAGAAAAGAGAUCGACAGAAGACUUGAUGUACACUUCCAGAGAAGAAUGGCAGAAGUACUCGAUAAGCACUUAUCUAUGGUCCAAAGGGAUCAUGAACAAAAAUCCCAGAUUGUUGAACGUCGAAUAAGAGAUGAUGCAGCUCUUGAAGAAGCUAAAAGAAAAGAGCAAGCUGUCAAGGAAGAAAAGUUAAGGCAGGAAAGAGCCCAGCAAGAAGCAGAGGCUAGGCAGAAGGAAGCUGCAAAGUUAGCAGCUGAAGCGCGAAAAACAGCAUUUGAGGCUGCUAAAAAGGAAGCGGCAGAAAAGCAGGCUGCUAAAUUGAGAGAUGCAGCAGCAACUUCCCAAUCUAGUCCAGAUUUGCAGAAUAAUAUUGCAGACAUCAAAGUUUUUGGCGUUAAAUAUGCAUUAGAAGCAGAGUCACGGAGGUAUGCAUUAGUACAGAAUCAAGUGCCAGAAAACAUUCAUCACAACAAGGAAUUCAGCAAAUAUGACCGACAAAUUGCCAAAUCCAUAAGUAAACUUAUGCCAACUACUGAUAGUGUCAGAGCAAGGGCUAGUGAGCUUAUUAAAGCUUUAGAUGGACAGGAUUGUCCCCGUCCAAUCUCUUGUUGUCUAUUUGCAAACAAGAUUAUUUCUAUUGUCAAGAGUAGAAAUACAAAGGACAGAACCUUCGGAAAUUUGGCCUUUGCGUGUGGAUAUGUCAUGCUAUUAGUCACAAAUCAGGUACCAGAUGCAAUGGACUAUCUUUUAGCUGAGUUCAACAGAGUUUGCAUAUACACGGUUCCAAAGCAUUUGCAUGCUUUAAAUGCAGAAGCACGAAAUAGAGAUUAUUACAGACUGAUAGGUUACCAGGAAGAAAAUGGACAAUUCGAGAGCACUGAAAGUUAUCUAACAUAUGUCGUUGCAUAUGUCAAAUUGUACGCGGCAAUGAUUCAAACAGAAAUCAAGGGUGUACGCCAUCCUCAUGGCUUAGCUGAGGGAUGGAAAUGGCUCGCCAUGUUCCUCAAUUCUCUUCCAGCUACUACAGCCACUGCUUGUGCCCUUCACGCCUUCCUCAAGAUGGCUGGUUUUGCACUUCACAAGAAAUAUGGAUCGCAGUUCAUGAAAAUCCUAUAUGUGAUUUCACGGUACUUUUUACCGGCUUUGAAGGAACAAGGCAACAAGAUGCAGGCUGAGGCUGUCAACAAUCUACAGAAUUAUCUGAACGACAAGAUCUACCUGGAGGAACCAGAAGGGCAGUACCUCGUCCAGCAAUUACUAUCGAAAGAGUUGUUCAUGUAAAGUUCAAAACACCAGAUCGUGUGAUUGACUCUGAAGGGCGCACCUCGUAUAAGCUACUACUAUCGAAAGAGCUGUUCGUGUUUCAGAAACGCAAGCGAGCCUUGUAGAGAUGACCUGCAAGGAAAUCAGUACCAAAUCUCCCCAACAUUUGUAGUCUUAACCGUAGAGGAGAUGACCCUGCAUGAAAUAUAUUGAAUAUUAUUUGUACGUGCUAUUACCUUAGUGUUUGAAAUUAUUGAUUAUUUAUUUUUAACUCUUCAUUUAUCAAAUUGGCAUAAUUUAAUUCACAUGUAUAUUUACGAUAUUUAUGCUUUCCUUGUUUGGCAA